UUAGAUUAGCUUAUAAAAAAUUCAAUAUCGGAAUCAUUUUGACAAAACAGAUUUAAAAUGCAACAAGACAACUAACUACAAACGGUUUGGAUUCUUAAAUCAAAUAAAGAUGAAGCGACAAAAAGAAGACAAAAAAUAUCUUGUGGAUUUGGAAGAAAACUCCCAAACUUCAACCGAUGAAUAUCCUGAAAAAAUUUUUAAGCCAAUUGACGAUGACAUGGAAGAUGAGGAAUUAGUGACAAAACAAGGAAUUAGGGAACCCCCGACCACAGUAAUGAACGCUGGUAGUAAGCAACUAGAUACCCACCAGAACAAUCGAACAGUAAAUAUAGAAAAUAGGUUAGAUGCGGUACCAGCUGGCAGAAGUGUCCCACUUUCAAAUUCAGGUGCACCCACCAAGCAACAGGCAUCAGCGGCGAUGUUAAGCAUACCUUCUGGUUCACAACAAUCACAGCAACAGGCGCCAGCGGCGAUUUCAAAUAUACAUUCUGGUUCACAACAACAACAACCACCAUCCCGACCCAGGGGGCAACAGAAUCCUACAUUUCGUCUACGUUCCCGUACAUCUGCAAUAAAUGAAAGCUUAGCAAAUCAAAGGGACAUUUAUGAAAGCCUGGACUACGAUGUGUGUGAGAAUGUUCUUUUCCAAAAAGAACAAGAACGCAUAAUUAGCACGAGAUUUUCUUUACGCAAAGAUGUAUUACGCUGGAUCAUAUUUAUACAAAUUGGAAUUAUUACAGCCUUGAUUGCGUGUGCAAUCGACAUUGUUAUUGAGGAAUUAUCCGCCCGCAAAUAUGAAUUUCUUAAACAUUCGGUUGAUGCAAAUGUGCCGCAUGCGGAUAAUCCAACAGGCGACUUGGUAUUGCCAUACCUAUAUUGGUUGGGGCUCAGCAUGGCGCCCGUUGCAAUAGGGGCCGCCAUGGUUACCUACUUGGAACCUAUUACAGCUGGCAGUGGUAUUCCCCAAGUCAAAUGUUACUUGAACGGCGUUAAAGUGCCAAGAAUAGUGCGUAUAAAAACAUUGGCCGUCAAGAGUAUUGGUGUCAUAACUUCAGUUGUAGGAGGAUUAGCAGGUGGAAAGGAAGGGCCUAUGAUACAUGCUGGUGCCGUAGUGGCAGCUGGAAUUUCACAGGGAAAGAGUACAACAUUUAUUAAAGAUUUUCGCAUUUUUAAAGCCUUUCGAGAUGAUCAUGAAAAAAGAGAUUUUGUUUUGGGUGGAGCAGCAGCAGGUGUAUCGGCUGCCUUCGGUUCCCCCAUUGGAGGCAUGCUGUUUUCCCUGGAAGAAGCAGCCAGUUUUUGGAAUCAAAAUCUUAUCUGGCGCACAUUGGUGGCUUCUAUAAUAAGCUCAUUUACGCUGAAUAUAGUUUUGUCCGCCUAUCAUGGUCUAAGCAAUUUCACCUUUACUGGCCUCUUCAAUUUAGGCAAAUUUGAACAACCUUUGGCUUUCGAUUACUACGAAUUACCCAUAUUUAUGGCGUUUGGUGUUACUGGCGGCAUCUUCGGAGCCUUGUGGAAUAUGUUUAAUACUAAAAUCAACAAAUUUCGUUCAAGAUUUAUCAAAUAUAAAUUCGCGAAAGUAAUGGAAGCAGUACUUGUUGCAAUGAUAGGUGUUUCAUUAGCUUGUAUAAUGAUUUAUUUAAUAAACGAUUGCCGACCUUUGGGAAAUGAUCCAACGGACUAUCCCACCCAGUUAUUUUGUGAAGAUAACGAAUACAAUGCUGUGGCCGCUUUAUGGUUUCAAACGCCCGAAGCUACUGUUCGUUCACUAUUUCAUGAUCCCCCAGGAUCUCAUAAAAUAUUAACAUUGGCAGUUUUUACUUUAAUUUAUUAUCUGUUAUCCUGCUUUACCUUUGGUUUGAAUGUAAGCCUUGGUGUAUUCAUACCAACUGCUCUCGUUGGAGCUGCUUGGGGACGUUUGGUGGCUAUGGUUGCUUUCUAUAUGUUUCCUGAUGCAGUCUUCUUAAACCCCGGUAAAUAUGCAUUAAUAGGAGCAGCAGCCAAUUUGGGUGGCGUCUUACGCAUGACUAUCAGCUUAACUGUAAUUUUAAUGGAAACAACUGGCAUUGAGACUUCUUUCUUUUUCCCGCUCAUAAUAACAUUAAUCAGUGCUAAAUGGGUGGGAGAUUAUUUCAACGAAGGCAUCUAUGAUAUUCAAGUGAAAAUUAAUCACGUUCCCAUGCUACCUUGGGAGCCAUUGCCGCAUUAUAUGGGCUUAAAAGCUUCCAACAUUAUGAGUUCGCCGGUUGUAUGCAUCAAAUUGAUAGAUAAAUCGAAAUAUAUAUUUGACAUCUUACAUCGAUAUCAACACAAUGGAUUUCCUGUAGUCGAAGAUGUUGAAGGGAAUGAUCGUUCAUCGGGUCGCGUCUGCGGAAUUAUAUUGCGCUCUCAAUUAAUAGUCAUACUGCUCAAAUCACUCUAUGAAGAGAAAAAACGAUUUUGGUUUAAUGAAACAAGUAUACAAACAUUUCGUGACGUUUACCCACGUUAUCCAUCGAUAGAUAAUGUUCGACUUCACGGUGACAAAGAGAAUUACACAGUUAAUUUGGAUAUUUUUAUGAAUCCUUCGCCUGUCUGCUCUAGAGAGCACGAUUCCGUUCAGAAAAUAUUUAACAAGUUUCGGGCUCUGGGCUUGCGCCAUUUAAUAGUGGUUAACCGAGAAAACCGCGUUGCAGGUAUUAUAACAAGAAAAGAUUUUUUACAUAAAUAACGGCUUUAACGAUAUUAAAACAGUGAACUAUGUUUCCUUGUUACCAAUAUAUAAUUACAUAGAUGUACAUAAUUGUAACUAGCUUCGAAUAAGAGAACAAAACUAUACGACUUUCAAAUUAUUUUUUAUAUGGUUGAAUAAAGAUUGUAAACAACAUA